AUGAAGGGCGCCAGAAUGUAAACACUUUCUACAAUGAGAUUCAGGGGGAAAAUAGCCGACAUAGGGUGUAUUCAGCAUUUCACAAGAAUCAUUGGUACAUUGUCAAAGUUGAUAAAAGUAUGUGUUCUAAGAAUAACCCCUGGUAACUGGUACUUCAUUUUGUCAGAGAAGUUGGUUAAUGGAGGGGUACAUAUCUGGUGUGAGCUUCCUCAGGGUCAUUUCUUUGAUGAAUAUGCCAUGGAGGGUGUAUCAGAAGAGGCCAAUGAAAUUUUUCUUGAAGUUGCACCUGAGAACCUGAUAAAAGCCCUAAAGACAGCACAGAAUGCCAAAUGGAUCAAGAUUAAAUUGACCAAGAAACAUGCUCCUUGUCUGACAUUUGAAGUGGAUUUACCCACAUUAUCAUCUCACUCUAGAACUGUUGUGCACGAUAUCCCUGUGACGGUGAUUCCUCGCAGAAACUGGGUCGACUACGAGGAACCUGAAGUACCACAGUUUGAUGUUACUAUCGCCAUGCCACAGCUGAAGUUACUGAAAAAUGUUGUAGACAAGAUGAAGAAUCUCAGUAAUUUUGUGGUUUUAUCUGCUAAUCAGAAUGGGGAGAUGAAAUUGAUGGUAGAGACAGACAUGGUGUCCAUUACCACACAUUUCAGAGACCUGGUCAACCCAGUCAGUAGAGAUAAAGUACUCAGCUCACAAAGCAGUGAUGGAUCAAAUUCUGAUCCACAGCAAUUUGCGGAGGCUCGGAUUGACAUCCGGAAGUUUGCCCAGUUCUUAUCCGGUCAGCAAGUCAACCCAACCAAAGUCAUCUGUAAUAUUGUACGAAGAAAAGUUGUCCACUUUUUUCUGCUGCAUGAUGAUGUUUCAUUGCAAUAUUUCAUGCCAGUUGUGUCUUCUUAAAUUUAAUGUAAAAAUGCAAUAAAUAUUGUUUUGUUUCAGAA